GCUUUGAGGCAAUGUCCAUUGUUAAAAGCGCUAUACAAAUAAAUCGAAUCGAAUCGAAUCGAAUGAAACAUGAUGCAUUAUACAGUCUCUGUAGCAUGGCAUCUGGCAUUCACUUCCUUUAGUUUUGGUUAAGUAGUAGACCUGUAGUAGCUUUUUAAAGGAUCUGUAUAAUAUCUCUAACUAUCUCAAACCUGUAAUUAACUGCAGUGAUUAAUCAUCAGCCCAGUUCUUGGACAUGUGCCUUCCUCAAGGGUUCAGUUCCAGCCCUAAUCCAUCACACCUGCUCCAGAUAAUCAGGCUACAUGAUUAGCCGAAUCAGAUUUCUGGACUAGAGCUGGACUGAAUCCUGGAGUAAGGCACAUCUCCGGAGACGGUCUUGAUUAUGAAUGAUGCUGAGUUACAGAUCAGACUGUUUACUAAUCCAGUCAGUUCACUGGCAUGUUACAUUAUUUUCCAAUGCUAUUCUAAAAAUCUCUGAUUUUAUUUUUCAUGUUGGUAUUCUCAUUACCCACCAAUAUGAUUAAUAAGAAAUAGUCUUGUAGCCUCCUGUGCACAAGAGGGCGCGUGAAUGUGUAUUUUCUCAGCUUGAUCUGUCACGUGACUCCGGAUGGACAGUUUAACAGCGGUGUCUGUCUCUGGAAUACAAUGUUUGGAUUAUAAUAUACACCUUAUUGUUUGUCACUUUUAAGUAAAUAAACAACACGUUGUCUAUAUGUAUAUAGGCACAGCUUUUAGCAGGUUAGCGUGUUUUUUUCACUAGUUAUUCCAUCUAAAUUAACACAACGGCUGGAUCCUGAAUGGCGCGCUAUUGUACAUGAAGUUCACUAUGAAGUCAUUAUUUCAUAUCCUGUGUAGUGCACUUGUCUAGGGAUCAGGGAGUGAUUUAGUAUUGAGCAGCUUGGGGUAAGUUAACGAGAAAGUAAGGUUUGAAGGAGAGAAUGGCGGGACCGCUGGUGGAGUAUGAAACUGAAAUGUUUCUGAGCCUCUUCAGUACAGAUGGCUUACUGGUCGCGGCUGAAGGACUUGGUAUUGACCGCAUUUUGUUACACUUUAUGAAGAUUUAUUCAGAGGAAGGCAGUCUGGUGCUGCUGCUGAACACAACGACCCCUGAACAGGAGUUCUUCACAGAGCAGCUGAGAGCUGAAGGAGUGGCUCAUCUUCCCCAGACCAUAAACAGUGAUAUACAGAGCACUGACCGCUAUCAUGUGUACACACAGGGGGGAGUGUUGUUUGUGACCAGCCGCAUCCUGGUGGUGGAUUUCCUCACCGACAGAAUUCCUGCUCACCUCAUCUCAGGAAUCCUCGUCUACCGUGCCCAUAAGAUCAUUGAGUCGUGUCAGGAGGCCUUUAUCCUGAGACUGUACAGGCAGAAGAACAAGACCGGCUUCAUCAAAGCUUUCACUGACAAGGCCACGGCUUUCUCUACUGGUUUCUGUCAAGUUGAACGAGUUAUGAGGAAUCUCUUCGUGAAGAAGCUCUUUCUCUGGCCUAGGUUCCAAGCCUCAGUGAAUGGUGUACUGGACAGACACAAGCCUGAUGUGGUGGAGCUGCAUGUGCAUUUGACUCCAGCGAUGAGGGCCAUCCAGAGCUCCAUUCUGGACAUCAUGAACGCCUGUUUGAAGGAGCUCAAGCGUUACAACCCGAGUCUGGAGGCAGAGGACCUCUCGCUGGAGAAUACGCUGGGCAGUGCUUUUGAGAAAACCAUUCGCCAUUACCUCGAUCCCUUGUGGCAUCAGCUGGGCGCUAAGACCAAAUCUCUAGUGCAGGACCUGAAGAUCUUACAGACUCUGUUGCUCUACCUCACGCAGUACGACUGCGUCACUUUCCUCAACCUGCUGGAGUCUCUGCGUUCCAGCCAGAAAAACUUUGGCAGCAAUACAGGAUGGCUGUUUCUGGACUCCAGCACGUCGAUGUUCAUGAAUGCUCGUAGUCGUGUGUAUCGUGUUUCUGAGUCAAAAAAGAAACUCAAGGUUGGUGAAAUGGAAGAAAAACCAAGUGCCUCUGUACCUUUAAAAAGAGAGCUUGUGCUUGAAAAGAAUCCAAAGUGGGUGGCCCUGACUGAGGUGCUGCAGGAGAUUGAAAAGGAAAUGAGCAGCUCUGAGCACGAACCAGGCCGAGUGUUGAUAUGCGCCAGUGACGACAGGACCUGUGCUCAGCUGAAGGAGUACAUCCAGAAAGGUGCUGAGUCUCUGCUCCACCGCCUUUAUUCACGCACUAUCGGUAAAGAUGAGUGUGUACCGGUGCCUGACAAAACUAAACAAGGUAACAGCUGGCCCAGAAAAGAUGGAAAGGUGCCCAAGGGCAAGAAGCCCCGAGCCAAAAACACCAAAGUCGGCCCAAAGAAACAGCGAGGCUCACUGACACUCACCCAAAUGGUGGAGCAGCAGAAAGAAGCCGAGGUGGAACAGAUGGGCAGCAGUGGAGAUGAGAGAGAACAGGUGGAAAAUCAGGAAGUGAAGGAUGAAGAUUUUGUUUUUAAUCUUACUUCAGACUCCUACUACGGCGUUUUCCAAGAACCCAUGACGGUCAUUCAUCCGCUCAAAGGAUGCUCGGAUCCGUACAGUCUAACGAGAGUGUUAAAAGAGGUUGAGCCCAUGUUUGUGGUGCUGUAUGAUGCUGAGCUCAGCUUUGUGCGCCAACUGGAGGUUUACAAAGCCACCAGGCCAGGAAAACCUCUCAGGGUGUAUUUUCUAAUUUACGGUGGUUCCACAGAGGAGCAGAGGUAUCUCACUGCCCUGCGUAAAGAGAAGCAAGCAUUUGAACAGCUGAUAAGAGACAAGGCCAGCAUGGUUGUUCCAGAAGAAAGAGAAGGCAGAGGAGACACAAACCUGGACCUGGAUCGUAUUCAGGAACCUGCUCACGCUGCUACAGACACUCGCAAAGCAGGUGGACAGGAGGUAGUCAAAGAGCCGUCCCGAGUCAUUGUAGACAUGCGGGAGUUUCGUAGCGAGCUUCCUUCCCUCCUGCACCGGCGUGGGCUCGACAUCGAGCCCGUCACUCUGGAGGUGGGAGACUACAUCCUGACUCCUGAAAUCUGUGUGGAGCGCAAGAGCGUGAGCGACCUGAUCGGCUCGCUGCAGAGCGGCCGUUUGUACACUCAGUGCCUCGCCAUGAACCGCUUCUACCGCCGGCCAGUGCUGCUCAUCGAAUUCGACCCGGCCAAGUCGUUCUCGCUAGUAGGCCGUACCGAGCUGCGUCAGGAGAUCUCAGCCAAUGACAUCACCUCCAAACUGACCCUGCUGACUCUCCAUUUCCCCCGGCUGAGGCUGCUCUGGUGCCCUUCACCCCAUGCCACCGCACAGCUCUUUCAGGAACUCAAGCAAGCUCGGCCUGAACCUGAUGCCCUCACUGCCCAGGCCAUUACGGCAGAGUCAGAGAUGGUGGAAGAUUCAGCAGACCUGUACAACCCCGGGCCUUAUGACUUCCUGCUCCGUAUGCCUGGAGUGAACGUUAAAAAUGUAAGGGGACUCAUUAAACAUGCUGCCAGCCUGGCUGAGCUGCUCACUCUGAGCCAGGAAAAGCUGAGUGAGAUUUUGGGCAGUGUGAAUAAUGCCAGGCAGCUCCAUGAAUUCCUCCACAAUACCAUGGAUGUGGCUUCAGUUCAGAAGAACAAACAAAGGAAGUAAUAGUAUUCAAACAAACCUGGCAAAAUCGGACAUCUAAUAUGUAACGCAUUCACAUGAUCUAAAAUGUUCCUCGUUUAUAUUGAAGUGGGAUUUAUUUUUUUAACGCCAAACAAUAAUGUACAGUCUAUGAAUUUUCAACCGUUUAUAUCUGAAUAUUUAAGGAGUUUAUAAAUUAAAAUGACUUUUUUUAAACUUUAGCCUGCAUUCAUGGAAUUUGAAAGGAAAAGGUGUGUUUGUGUGCAUGUGUUUGUGUGUGGGUGUUUUUGUUGUCGUUGUUUGUUCGACUCACAAUAAGCAUCCUGUGCAACGGAUAAAUAAACUUGUCUGAA